GGCGACCACAGUAGCUUUAGCAGCUUCGAGUCAAGUUGUUGGCACCGCUCAUGACUGUGCUUUUUAGUUAGUCCAUGCACAUUAUACCCAUCUCUUCUGGCAAUUUUCCCAAAAAUAGUUAUUCUUUAAUCAUCACUAAUAAUUUCAUUUUUUUCAACCGACUUAACACUUUUCAUUGGCACUGUCACGUGUAUAAUUUUUCUACAAUAGUAAAAAAAAAAUUCGAAAAGACUGGUGACUCACAGGCCAUUAAAAUAUUGAAUCGAGCAACGAAAUAAUUGGGCGGUGGCCGCCGCCGCCGAUCGCUCCGGUCGUCCUUGUCGUGGACGAUGACGUGCCGGGACAACUGGUGCACCGGGGCGGACCAUCGGGUGGCCAGUGCGUGUGCUGAUUGCGUGCAACGACCGAGAAAACAGCGCAAACAGCAACGACCUCGCCGUCAGGGGCAACGACAGCGGCUGCAGCAACAGCUGAGGCAACAGCGGCGGCAGCGGCAGCAACAGCAGCAAGUGCAGCAACGGUGAACGAUUGGGGGGCCACCGUGCAAUGGCGACGCCCCCCGACAGCCCGAUCAUCGAAGAGGCGACACUAAUCGAGCUCGAGGAACAGUUGAACAACACGUCUGUGUUUCCGCACCCUAGGCCCGUCGCCCUAGAGGACCUGUGCCGGCAGACCAAGUUCACCAGACAAGAGAUCCGCAUUAUGUACAGGGGAUUUAAGCAGAAAUGUCCAGAAGGAGUAGUGCACGAAGAUCUAUUCAAAGAUAUCUACUCCAAGUUUUUUCCACAUGGAAAUUCGAAUUUAUAUGCUCAUUUUGUGUUCAAAGCAUUUGAUGUCAAGAGCAAUGGUGCAAUUAGUUUUAAAGACAUGCUGAUGACUUUGUCUACUCUGCUUCGCGGGUCUAUUUAUGAGAAACUCAGGUGGACAUUUAAGCUGUACGAUCUAAACGGAGACGGAUGCAUAACGAGGUCGGAGCUCAGUCAAAUCGUGUUAGCUAUCCACGAGCUGAUGGGCAAAAGACCACAAGGCCGCGGUAGUACUAAAUCCAAAGAUCACACCGAUAUGGUUUUCCAAAAACUCGAUAUCAAUCAAGAUGGAGUGAUUACGUUUGAAGAAUUUAUCGAAUCAUGUUUAAAGGACGAGGCAAUCACGAAAUCAUUACAAAUUUUCGACUCCAGGUCCCUAUGAUUGUCGCUAUCCUCCACCGACUCUAUGGAAGUAUCACUUCUGUCAUUUGAUCAGUCUGCUGGUCAGUCGGAGGAGGAGCAAUGCAGCCAACUACGACAAGCAGACAACGAGUCUUCCCAAAACAAUAUUUUCUUUGAUUUCUAAUGUAAAUAAUAAUCAAAUAUUAUUAUAAUGACCGUUUUGGUUAAUAUUCGGGAAUAUUCCUUCCGAAUGUAUUUGGCCGUUACACUUUUAUACGGAUGUGUGAUAAUCGGUUCAUUUUUGUUCUAUUAAAAGUGGCAUCCAUUUGGCGCCAUUAUUGCUCGGUCCGUCCUAUAUAUUGUUACCGUGUUUAACGUAGGUACAUUAUACUACAUACCAAACAUUCAUGUCUCGAUCUUUGUAGAUUUAUUAUAAUAAUGGUUUACUGUUGGUGACUACUAACAAUUGUUGGUCUGUUUUUGUUAUCACAUAGUAGGUAGGUAACUCAAAAAUAUUGAGAACCAUAAUAUUAUAUUUGGCGAAGACUAAACAUUAUUGUUACUUGAACAAAAAAAAAAAAAAUUAAUAGUUAUAAGUACUUGAAAAUUACGUUGGG